AUAGAGCUAAGCAAAAGUACAUCCAUCGCAUGGGACCAACUAGUUUUGCUAGAAUUCAUGCUGAAUUGCGUACCAAGAAAGAGGUAGGAGAAAAAGUUACUCAAGCUGAAAUGUUUAUUACAACUCGUCAACGUCGAGAAGGCCGAAAAGGAAAAGAAUUGGAUGAAGAAACACAUAAUGCUAUUAUUAAGCUUCAAGGUUCCAUUCAAAACUCAAGUGAUUCUGCAGAACAAACAUUUAAAUCACUGUUUGGAAAAGAAAAGCCUGGGAGGGUACGUUGUUACGGAAAGACUAUGACACCAUCACAAUUUAGGAAAAAUGAAGAAAUUGCUGCCAUCAAGAAAGAACAUGCAAACGCAAUUAGUGGUAUGGCAAAGGAAAUACAAGAUCUACGAGCAAUUGUAAAUUUUGUGGUAAGGCAACAAAAUCCAGAUUUAGAUGAAGAGGACUUAAAUAAUAUGAUGGCACGCGUUUUAGGUAAAGAAAGUAGUGCAACAGGGCCAUAUUCAUCUGCAUCAACCCAUGAUCCGCAGCUAGAAGACAAUGAAGAUCAUGAAGACAAUGAAGGCUAUGAAGAUUAUGAAGACAAUCUUAUAGAAUAAUGAUCUUUGUUAUGUAGUUAAGAAACAUUAGACAUAUUAUAUUUUAGCUUUCUAGCUAAAACUUUG